UCAGAUCAGUCCACAGCUUCAAAUCAUCCAAUCAGGUGUGAGUGAGAGCUGCUUUUCUACUGAACACACAAGUUGAUUUCCUCACUAUCACUGUGUCUGAACAGGAACGAUGAUCUCACUCUUUGUGGCGCUUUACUCUCUGCUUUGUCUCUGCACAGCUGUAAAAACAUCUGACAUCAAGGAGCUUCACGUGAGAACAGUAAAGAGUGGAGAAGAUGUAAUUAUAGCGUGUGAUCUCAGUCUGAUCAGAGACAAAAGUAAAGUAGUCUGGUACAGACAGAGUUUUGGAAAAGUGCCUCAGUUUUUUGCAAAAUAUUACGGGACAAAUAGUUACACAUUUACUGAUGGAUUUAAUGAUAAUCGUUUCGGUGUUACUGUAAAUGAGCAUCAGUUUGAUCUUAACAUUAAGAAUCUGAGAGAAGAUUUCUGUGGAGAAAUGGAGAAAACUACAAUAAAGUUCACAUCUGGAGCACGUCUGCAAUUUGAAGAUAAAGAGAUGAAACUCUGUCCUUCACCUGGACCAGGAAACAAAACCACAGGUUCUGUUACACACCAGAAUUCAACCAGCAGAGGAGGUGAUUCUUGGGUGAUUUACACUUUAACGACCUUCAGUAUAAUAUCUGUUAUUGUAAUCAUGGUUCUGGUUGGUGUUUUAUUUAAAAGUCAAAGAAAAGGUGCUUCAUCACGAAAGCCUGAAAUCAGCAGCAAUCAGGCUGAUGUUGCCCUGAACUAUGCAGCUGUGAAUUUUGCUAAGAAACCUUCAUCCUCCAGAACAUCCAGAAACAUGAAGAAAUAAAGAUGUUCAUUUACAAGUAAAAUUAAUAGAUCCAAAGAAAUUACUUUAGACUUGAAAAAAAAAGAAAUUAUUUUAUAGUACAGAAGCGUCAUAUUUUAAUCAGACAACAUU